AUGACGGAUAAGCCGACCUUCAAAACUCUGUGGCUGGAGUAUCUCGACGCGUUUAAUCGACACUCCCUCGACGACGUCUUUUCCUAUCUAUCGCCCAAUAUCACGCUCGUGAUUCGCGGAAAGACUUUACCCCAGGAUGACCGUGCAGCUACAGAGAAGAGAUACCUGGAACAUUGGGGCCUCCCAGAUGCACGUAUUAGCGUUAUUGGAGACAUAGAAGAGGUUGAGGGUGGGAUCAACGUUGUAUUGGUGGACCAUGCGCGGAGAAAGAAGAUGCGCGUAUAUUACGUAUAUGCGUUUGAAGGGGACAAGUGGGUACACAUUCGACAUGAGAUUGAGGACAUCGUCGAUUGGGAUGGAGAUUAA